CACUGACCUGAAAAAGAUCUCACCUUGUGAAAUACUUUACCUUCAGUCAGAACAUUUGUGUUUUGCGGAAGUUCACUGUGUCACUCGGUGGGCGUUUGCGAGAAAAUACUUACGUGCCUAAGUGCUAACACUGUCAGCCGCAAGUGCUGAUACUUACUGUCAUACCCAGGUGCUAACACUGUCAGAACCAAGUGCUGAUACUUACUGUCAUACCCACGUGCUAACACUGUCAGUCUCAAGUACUGAUACUUACGGUCAUAUAAGUGCUAUAAGUGCUAAACUGCUGCGAGUACUCGAGUGUUAACAUACUCGUGUUAAUAUUUCUUUUCCCCAUCAGCACGGAAAAGCACAAAUGAAAUCGUGUCAAACAGUAGAACUGUGUAGCACGUGUAUGCUGACUGUAGGUAUAGCUAGUAAGUAACCCUGUACCAUGUACACCGCUCGUAUUGCAGACUUCACGUUGUAAGUACAGAGUUUUGAAUUUAUGUUUAGAGACAUCUGGCAAGAAACAAUAAUUUCUUAUCUUACCACAGAAUUUGGUGUCAUAAAAAUAUUUCUUGAUGGCAUGAAAAAAAUGUGGCUGUCAUGGCUGCUUAAAAGCCUUGACUUUAUUUUGUUGUUGGUUCUGAGUGUUUUUUUAAAUAAACCUUUUAAAAGGUGUAAAAAUGUCAGCUCAGCAUGUGUAAAGGUUUGUUUCCUAAUAAUAGUUGAAUGACUUGUAAUAGCUAAGCCUAUUCACCUGUUGAAAACACCUUUCUUUGCCUUGCUCGUGUAGCUGUCUUCCCAAGGUACAAAUUAAAGUACCCAGAUUAAAAAAUUUUAAUAUAUUAAACGACCAGCAUCUGAAAGAUGAGCGAUUCCUACUUAUCAAAAUGGAGACGCAUCAGAAGAAAUUGCAAGGACAUGGCUGACUGCUUGUCCGAAGCAAAAUAUAGACUUAAAAUAAGAGCAGAAACUAAAGAGGAAAACAGUUUUUUAAAUGAGAAAGAUGAGGAUUUCUGUGAUUUCCAUAGAGCAGAACCUGUUACUGUUAGCGAAGACGUCGAUGAGCAACAGACUGUUAAUGCUAGUAUGGAAUUAGACGUUAGUACUGGAGAGCAGGAUUCUCCUGAAAAAUGCCUUUUAGACUCAGAUUUUGACGAAUUUUCAUCUAGUUCUGAUUCAGAAAAUUCUGAAAACGAUGACUAUGACCUUGUGCGUGAAUUGGGAAGGUGGGCCUCAUCAUUUAACAUUACAGUUGUUGCUGUUAGUGCCCUUUUAUCUUUGUUGAGAAUUUAUCAUCCCUCUCUGCCAAAAGAUCCACGGACUGUUAUGAAAACUGCAAGACAUAUCAACGUCAGAACAAUAGAGGGUGGAUCAUACUAUCACUUUGGCAUUACUAACUGCUUAUCAAAAUUAAAAGGCUUGACAGACUAUUUGCUAAGUCAAACAUCUAAGCUUGUGCCAGUUAUUCACCUUCAGAUUAAUGUUGAUGGCUUGCCACUUUUCAAGACAUCUUCUACUCAGCUUUGGCCAAUAACUGGUAGAGUAUGUAAACCAAUUGAAACUGAUCCCUUUUUGAUCGGCCUUUAUUGUGGGGGGGGAUGCAUUAGAAGAAUUAGAUGUACUUUUAUGGUGUGGGUGUGCAUUAAGAGACCUACAUUUAUCACACUAAGAGAUUUCGGUUUGCUUUUAGGGUCCACCGUCAGACGGUCAAUUGCUGAAUCAUCAUCAUCAGCACCAGCAACAUCUGCUACCGACUUGGUUGUACAAAUGAUUCCAAGUUUUUUUGAAAAAACAUUAAAACAAAUCCAAGAAUUAAAGAACGCUGUAGAGAUCCUGCAGCGGAAGAUGGACCAGCAAACCCAAAGCAAUGUGGCUGCCAGCAAUACAACUCCUGCCCCUCCAGAUACCUUCCUCUUUCCACUGCAGGAAAUUGAUCAAUUGCAGAGGUUAAACAAUGCUUUGGCAGAGGAGGGUACCAGACAAAGAAUGGUUUGCUAUCUGAGCUAUUUUGGGGGCCAAACACCAAAAGAAGCACUAUACCGUAUACUGAUGUAUCUGCUUGCUCCAAAACUAUCAAUUUUAUACAGCUUGGAAGGACGAAAAGGGAAACUUAGAUUCAACACCUUACAACAUGUGAAAACCACAAUUUAUGGAGUGGCAGAUCUCGAGACAACGUCGACGAGGAAGAAUUAGACUCCACGUUCGCUCGUGCAAAGGCUGAAGGGGAAGCUCUCGGUCUCAAAGGUGUCGAGCUUGUGAACUACAUUAAAGAACAGCGCCAAGCUGAAGCAGAGGCGGAACAGCGCCGACUACAAGCUGAAGCAGAGGCAGAACAGCGCAAGGUUCCAGGCUGAGGCAGAAGAGCGCAGGCUUCAGGCAGAAGAGCGCAGGUUCCAGGCUGAAGCAGAAGCAGAAGAACGCAGACUUCAAGCAGAGGAGCGCAGGCUCCAUGCUGAAGCAGAGGAGCGACAGGCAGAAAGAGAAUUUGAGCUGCAGAGGCUGCGCAUCCAAAUGCAUGGCGAUACAAAUGAAAAUGCAGCAAAACCGUCACGCUCUAGUUCCGGACAUCAGCAAGAGCUGAAAAUCAAGCUCCCAUAUUUUGAAGAUCGCGACGACCUAGAAGCCUAUCUAAGAAAGUUCGAAAGAUCUGCAAAAGUGCAGGGGUGGCCUGAAGAUCAGUGGGCUCCACGUUUAGGAGCGCUGUUGAAAGGCAAGGCCGGCGAAGUAUAUAGUCGGCUAGACGACGAUGAUGCCAGUGACUAUGAUAUUUUAAAGAAGGCCCUGCUCAACAGAUUUCGUCUCACAGCAGACGAGUACCGCAAAAGGUUCAGAGACGCCAAGAAAAUACAGGACGAAACCACGCAAGAAUAUCUAGCCAAGAUUGAUAUGUGGUUAUCCAGAUGGCAGGAGCUAGCUGGAAGAAAAAGUACCUAUGAAGAAAUAAGAGACAUGUUCCUUCAAGAAAGAGAGAGUCAAGAGCUCUGUAGAGAGUAAACAUUGCGUUAACGGCCUUCAACGUUAUAUACAACGUUCUUCUGUGGGAGGUUAUCACUUGUAUUCUGAGGUGUAUGGAUUCGAUGUGAGUGUAUCGACUUCACCCAUACAAGUGAUAUGGCAUUGGCCACUGUGGAUUAUUCCUGAAGGAUUAUAGAUUCGCUAACGAUCAUCGGCGUUGAUCCGCAACGUUCAACCGUAUAAGGUGUAGCCCAGACAUCACUUCGUAUUCUAUGGUGUGGUGUAGGUAUUGAUUCCAUUGGAAUAUAUCAGCUUCGCCGAUACAAGUGACUUACGAACUUCGUGAUAUAACUCGUUGGAUUUAACCUGCUGGUCCAGUCGGUCAUCUCGUCAGCCCGUCAGACAACCAUAGGAGAGGGUUGGGCGGUGAGGGAGUAGUGCUAUUUUAUUUUGUUUCAUUCACAUUUCAUCACCAUUUAAUUUCCUAAACAUUAAAUGUGUUAAUCGUUGGCCGGACCUUUUUGCUGAAAAAGGUGGAAGAGUGCGGCGAGCGUGGUUUACAAGCAGAUG